UUACUAAACGUCAAUUUAUAUUGCAUUAAAACGAUAUAUACACAGUAAUUAAAUUUAGGGAAAUCGAAUUAUAAGCAGAAUCAAAUUAUAUUAACAAAUUAAAAAUGGCAACUUUAGAAGACAAGUUAAUGGGUGAAAAAUUAGAGUAUUAUUGCAGCAGUAGUGAAGGUGAGGACAAUGAUGGUGAUGAUGCUGGCAGCAAUAAAAGGGGCACAGGCGGAAGUAAACAAGGGGCUGCUGGUUACACCGACCCCAACGUAUGUCCUCCAGCACCGGGAGAAGGAUACCGUUCUCAGGUUUCUACUAACACUGGACCUAAGGGUGUUGUACAGGAUUGGCAACGUUUUAAGCAACUUCAAGCAGAGAAGCGCGGAGAAUCUGAACGCCAGCGUAUAGAAUUGGCCAAAAAGCUGACCAUGACGACUGCAACUGCCAUGGAAGAUGAAGAGCGAAAACGGCAAGAGGAAAUCGAUGCUGAAUUAGAUGAACUCAUGAGCGAAGAAUUCUUACAACAAUAUCAAAAACAGCGUAUGGCUGAAAUGUUGCAACAAUGUGGUCAUGUAAAGCAAUUUGGAAAAGUUGCUAAUUUAACAACUCACGAUGAAUUUUUAAACUUUGUUGAAAAAGAGAACAAACACACCACCGUCAUAAUACAUAUUUACGAUAAGAACUUAAGCGCUUGCUCGACUCUGAAUCGUUGCCUUGAUACGCUAGCGACUGAAUAUCCGGCCAUAAAAUUUGGCAAAAUAUGUAGUUCUAUUGCUGGAAUGAGUCGCGAUUUCCGCUCUAAGGGACUGCCUGCUUUGCUAGUGUACAAAGCACAGGCACUAAUUGGAAAUUUUGUUCGAGUCACUGACGAUUUAUCAGAUGAUUUCUUCCCAUCGGAUGUGGAAAGCUUUCUGAUCGAAAAUGGCAUAUUAGUCGACAAAACACUGUAUAAUUAAGAAAAAAAUAAAUGAUGUAACUAGAAAAAAAAGCAUAUACAAUUUGAAUAGAAUGAUAAUUAAAGUAGUAUAUAUUUUGCGAUGUGCGAUAAAUCAGAAUAAAGUUCGUGCUAUGUGUAACGUCGCAAUCAUCGGCAGAGAAAAA